UAUGUUUGCUUUUUACUUGUACAAGUAAAACAGCUAAAGAAUGAAGUUCUUCGAUGUCGUUCUCGUAGUUUUAGCGAUCGCUAUUCCAGCAGCUGUAUGCAUUGAAUGCUACGAGUGCACCAAUUCAGAUGGGAACUGCAAGGAAAACAAGAAAGAUUGCAACAAAACCAUGUUAGCAGUCUUUGCAACUUUCGAUCGCUGUUUCAAAAUCAAAACUGGCCAAAAGGUGUCCAAGGGAUGCACCACGAAGUCGUAUUGUGAAACAAAAAGUUUUUGCAAAAACAUCACUGAAACAUGCACUGCAAGCUGCUGUGACAGUGACCUAUGUAACGCAAGCACUACCGAGGUACCUACGAUCAUCCUGAUCACUGUUGCCUUAUUGGUGACCGCAUCGGGUAUCUUAGAGACCAUAAAGUGAACUCAAGUUUUUCCAUCGCCAACCAAUUAGCACUUUUUGAGGCCGCRCCAAUUAGCAGAGUUACUCUUUAGUGAUUCUAAACUUGCGUGUAAAUAUAUAAGAGAAUACAUAGACUCAGGAAAUUUUAAUUUU